CUAACUUCCCAGAUUUGCAUACUUGCAGCCUCCUCUCCCCUGGCAAAGCUCGGGUUUUGCCUGUAUACCUUCCCGGAGGUGAUUCUUCUCUUGGUAGGCGGAGGCUGGACCGGGAGGAAGUGCACUGCUGACUGUAACGUGCUGCCGGCUCCCAGGAUGGAGGAGUGAAGUCUCGCGUCGCAGCGGUUCCAGCCCCCGGAGCCCGCCCGCCAGCAGCCGAGUCCUCGAGAGCACCCUGAGGGAGCAGGGUGGCCACCUGGUCCAGGAAUGUUUACCCUUGCAGAAGUUGCUUCCCUUAAUGACAUUCAGCCAACUUACCGGAUCCUGAAGCCAUGGUGGGACGUGUUUAUGGAUUACUUAGCAGUUAUUAUGCUGAUGGUAGCCAUCUUUGCAGGGACCAUGCAACUUACCAAAGAUCAGGUGGUCUGUUUGCCAGUGUUGCCGUCCCCUGCAAAUUCAAAGGCGCACACGCCACCCGCUACUGCUGACACCACCACCGAAGUCCCGAAGAUGGAAACAGCCACCACGCCUCAAGACCAAACCGGGCGGACGACAGAUGACGCUGCCUUCGGCACGUCGGCUGUGAUGCCCGACGUACCUCUCCGAGCCACCCAUCCUCACACAGAGUCCACCUUCCCAAAUCAGGAGCUGAAGGAGAAGAGAGACCCGACGGGCCGCAAGACCAACUUGGAUUUUCAGCAGUAUGUCUUUAUCAAUCAAAUGUGUUACCACCUGGCCCUUCCUUGGUAUUCCAAGUACUUCCCAUACCUCGCUCUCAUACACACCAUCAUCCUUAUGGUCAGUAGCAACUUUUGGUUCAAAUAUCCUAAGACGUGCUCCAAGGUGGAGCAUUUUGUUUCAAUAUUAGGAAAGUGUUUUGAGUCUCCCUGGACGACGAAAGCGCUGUCCGAGACGGCCUGUGAGGACUCUGAGGAAAACAAGCAGAGGAUCACAGGUGCCCAGACCCUACCAAAGCACGUGUCCACCAGCAGUGACGAGGGGAGCCCCAGCGCCAGCACCCCCAUGAUCAACAAAACUGGCUUCAAGUUCUCAGCGGAGAAGCCGGUGAUUGAAGUGCCCAGCAUGACUAUCCUGGACAAGAAGGACGGAGAACAGGCCAAAGCUCUGUUCGAGAAAGUGAGGAAAUUCCGUGCCCACGUAGAAGACAGUGACUUGAUCUAUAAGCUCUAUGUGGUCCAAACCCUUAUCAAAACUGCCAAGUUCAUUUUUAUUCUUUGCUAUACCGCAAACUUUGUCAACGCCAUCAGCUUCGAACAUGUCUGCAAGCCGAAAGUCGAGCACCUGACAGGCUACGAGGUGUUUGAGUGCACCCACAACAUGGCCUACAUGUUGAAGAAGCUUCUUAUCAGCUACAUCUCCAUCAUUUGUGUCUAUGGCUUCAUCUGCCUCUACACUCUCUUCUGGUUAUUCAGGAUCCCCCUGAAGGAAUAUUCUUUUGAGAAAGUCCGGGAAGAGAGCAGCUUCAGCGACAUCCCAGAUGUCAAGAACGACUUUGCGUUCCUUCUGCACAUGGUCGAUCAGUACGACCAGCUGUACUCCAAGCGCUUUGGCGUGUUCCUGUCGGAGGUCAGCGAGAACAAGCUGAGGGAAAUCAGUCUGAACCACGAAUGGACUUUUGAGAAACUCCGGCAGCAUGUAUCUCGCAAUGCCCAGGACAAGCAGGAGCUGCACCUCUUCAUGCUGUCCGGGGUGCCCGAUGCGGUCUUUGACCUCACAGACCUGGAUGUGCUGAAACUCGAACUCAUUCCAGAGGCGAAAAUUCCCGCCAAGAUCUCUCAGAUGACCAACCUGCAGGAGCUCCACCUCUGCCACUGCCCCGCCAAGGUUGAACAAACCGCUUUUAGCUUCCUUCGCGAUCACUUGAGGUGCCUUCACGUGAAGUUCACUGAUGUGGCUGAAAUCCCCGCCUGGGUGUAUUUGCUCAAAAACCUUCGGGAGUUGUAUCUGAUAGGCAACUUGAACUCAGAAAACAAUAAGAUGAUCGGACUCGAAUCUCUGCGGGAGUUGCGGCACCUGAAGGUCCUUCACGUGAAGAGCAAUCUGACCAAAGUCCCCUCCAACAUCACGGAUGUGGCCCCGCACCUCACGAAGCUGGUCAUUCACAAUGACGGCACCAAGCUCUUGGUCCUGAACAGCCUGAAGAAGAUGAUGAACGUCGCCGAACUGGAGCUGCAGAGCUGUGAGCUAGAGAGGAUCCCGCACGCCAUCUUCAGCCUUUCCAACCUACAGGAGCUGGACCUGAAGUCCAAUAACAUUCGCACCAUCGAGGAGAUCAUCAGCUUCCAACACCUGAAGCGACUGACUUGCUUAAAACUGUGGCACAAUAAAAUUGUGACGAUUCCACCCUCCAUCACCCAUGUCAAGAACCUGGAGUCUCUCUACUUCUCCAACAACAAGCUCGAGUCCCUGCCAGUGGCGGUGUUCAGUUUACAAAAACUCAGAUGCUUAGACGUCAGCUAUAACAACAUUUCCGCCAUCCCCAUCGAGAUUGGCUUGCUGCAGAACCUGCAGCAUUUGCACAUCACAGGGAACAAAGUGGACGUUCUGCCCAAACAGUUGUUCAAAUGCGUGAAGUUGAGGACUUUGAACCUGGGGCAGAACUGUAUCGCCUCCCUCCCCGAGAAAAUCAGUCAGCUCUCCCAGCUCACCCAGUUGGAGCUGAAGGGGAACUGCCUAGACCGCCUGCCGGCCCAGCUGGGCCAGUGUCGGAUGCUCAAGAAAAGCGGGCUCGUUGUGGAAGACCAACUGUUCGACACGCUCCCCCUGGAGGUCAGAGAGGCUUUGGAUCAAGAUGUCAGUGUCCCCUUUGCAAAUGGGAUUUAACUAAGCCAACGCGGGCACACCCACCCACGUGCAAGGACAACUUCCUGGAUUGCCGAUGCUCACGCGCAAGUUAUUACAAGAUAACGCAUUUUAGGAGUAGAGACGCCCUUCAAACAAAACACGGCGGGGUGCGCACAGGCUGGGAGCAGACUAAACUGAAUGUUCAACGUUUGUAGUCUUUUAAGUCAUUCAUUUCCAGAUCUUUUUUUUCUUUUUGUUUUGAUUUUUUUUUCCUUUCUUUCUUUGGUUUUGUUUUUCUUCUUCUGGGGAAAGGGAAGGAAAAAUUAUAAUCACUGAUCUCAGUUUUUUUUUAAAUUGUAAGUUGGAUGCGGCUGCUGGCUGAAUGUUUACACAUCGCUUGCCUGCUAAAGUAAAUGAUUAAAUUGACUUUCUUCUUACUACACUGCCUUUUUUGAGGUGUCGUGAUUUAUUUUUUUGUUUAACUGGUGCAAUGUCACUUAACUUUGGAUUACUGAAGACACAAGGGGCCAGAAUCAUAAGUUUAGAUUUGCUAAAAUAUUGACUUCUUUACAGUUUUAAUUUAAAGCAAGUGAACCGUGCGCUUUGGAGCGUUUGGCACUUCUGAGACUGCCACACCAGACCGUGCAGCCUUGCUGGCCUGUGGAGUGUCAGGGCUCUGUGAUGGUUUCUCAAGGACAGAUACCAAAAGUGAAGUAAUCCAUCCUUCAGUGGCCACUGUAUGCCCAUGGGCUGGAGUUUUGGUUAUUUAUGGUACACUUCUGUGCCGGUAUGAUAGGACUGCCAAUAAAUAGAAAAUGUGUUUUUAAAAAAUAAAUUUAAUAACAAUAAAUAAGUUUAUCUAUCUUGUA